AUGAGCUCCCCCGACGAGGUGUCUGUUUGGGGAGCCGGUUUCGUCCCUGAGGGCGGCGGGGAGCCGUCCGGCGCCUGCCCGGCCAGCCCCACAGCCCCGCAGGGGCCCGGACUAGGCCUUGAUUUGGGGGCACCGUGCAGCGGCGAGGGCGAGGGCGGCCUCCCAGACCCCGAGGACUCCGUGUCCGAGGAGGGAGAGCUGGAGGCGGGAGGGCCGGUGCUUUGGGUCCUGAAAGGCCGGCCCGGCUCCCCGGCCGACGAGAAGGGGGACGCUCUGGACUACGCGUCCCACCUUGCUGACGAAUCGGCGGCCACCGCGCAGCAGCUGACCGACCGCGGUACCCGGCGCGUCCGGAGACACCCGACCCCAGAAAGCUGCGCCGCUGAAGUGUCCACCAUCUGGGCGGACCUAGAGGCAGGCCCCAGUGUUCGAGGCGCGCUUGCCUCCGGCUGUGGAGAAGCGCAGCAGGCUUCUGCCGCCCCUCUCCACCUCGGUGGGCGCAAGGGAGGCCGGGCCUGGGGCAGCCCGAAAAGGGGCACCGAAAGUCGGCUGAACGUCAGCGUGGAUCUCCAGCGGCCCUCCGCGGAGGGUCUGGUCGGGCAGCCUUCCGACCCCGAGUCGUCAGAUGAGUUCAGUGAGGUACAGCUGAUGAGAGUGAGCAUUUGCCCCAAAGAAGGCGGCCAAGACAAGUCCAGCAGCCCCGAGGAACCUGGCGACACACCCAGACACUCGAAGUUCCAGAUCAGGAAGGAUUUCCUUCUCAGGCCGGGCUCUUUCCUGACCUCUGCCCCCCGCGGACUCACUUCGACCAUGGAGAGGCAGGCCGUUGGCGAGCUGGACAUCUCUUCCCCCAAGAAGAUGCCAAGUGUGGUCUGGGGGAAGGGAGGAAGCAGGCCCAGCUACGCAGCAGCACGAGCAGCUGCAGCUGCUGCAGGGGGCCUGCCCCGGGCCACUCCUAAGAAGAAGGUGGCCCAGGAGAAGAAAUCCCCAAGGGGUGCCUCAACAGUUGCCCUGGGGAGAGCCUUUCCUUCAUGGGGGCAGAGACUCUUGGCAGCUCCCCCGGAGCCAGCCACCUUCCCCCCGAUCUCUGGUGUUCCGCUACUUGGGAGGUCCAAGAGAGACUCCUUGUUCCUUUCGGGACCCAAACAGCCCAAGCACAGCAGGACUAGGAAGAAAUCUGCGGUGAGGAGAACAAGGGAGUCCCAGCCUGUGGCCCGAGAAAAUAAUGACCCAAACAGAGAUCCAGUCCCAAAGGUCCAAUUUCCGACACCCAGUUUGGGGCCGUCUUGCCUGUGCGUGCAUCGUGGAGAAUUCAGCAGUAGUGGCUACAGUGCCCGAGCCCCCCAGGCUCCAGGAAACUCAGAGCCCUUGGCCCUGCGCCAGGGAGGCGGCACGCCCAGAGGCCUUGCACCCUUGGGUGACCAGGAGCCACCUGUCCUUCCCCCAAGACCGGAAAGGCAGCAGCAACCACCUGCAGCACAGGGCUGCCCUCGGUGUCGGGUGCUACAGCAAGAAAUAGAUGACCUUAAAGAGCAACUCGCGGCCAUGCAGUCCCUCGCUGACAAGUUCCAGGCCCUUUGA